CCGAGGUAUUUAUUAAUUUACUCCAACAGCUUCACUUUCUGGAAGGAAUGAAUGAGGACGUUUUGAUAAACGAGAAAAACUACGUCAUAAAGAGAGGACUGAACAGCCAAUCACAAGAGAGGACACUAGAUCUCCAUGGUAACCGCGGAUAGUUUGGGGAAGGGCAGGUGUUUGUUGUUUCCAGGUGAAGAUUAGAAGUGUCGGAACUCUGUGUGGUCGGUGAUGGCCGGGACAGCCAGAAAAGAUCGGGAGAUGGCGAUGAACGCCAAGCGCCAGCUGGGUGAGUGUUCGGACCCGGUGGAGAGGCUCCGGCUGCAGUGUCUGGCCCGAGGGUCGUCUGGGAUCAAAGGGCUGGGCAGAACCUUCAAAAUAAUGGAUGAUGACAACAGCCGCUCCCUGGACCUGAAGGAGUUCCUGAAGGGCUUGAGUGAUUACGGGGUCCAGAUUGAGAAGAAAGAAGCCAUUGAUCUUUUUCAAAUCUUUGACAAGGACAGGAGCGGGACCAUCGACUUUGACGAGUUUCUCCUUACGUUGAGGCCAGAGAUGUCAAAGGCCAGGAAGGAGGUGGUGAUGGAGGCAUUUCGGAAGCUGGAUAAGACAGGUGACGGGGUGAUCACUGUCGAAGACCUGCAAGGGGUUUAUAACGUUAAGCACCAUCCCAAGUAUCAGAACGGGGAGUGGACAGAGGAUCAAAUCUUCAGGAAGUUUCUGGACAACUUUGACUCUCCGUAUGACAAAGAUGGAAAGGUGACCAAAGAAGAGUUCAUCAACUAUUACAGCGGCGUCAGCGCCUCCAUCGACAGCGACGUCUACUUUAUUCUUAUGAUGAAAAACGCCUGGAAGCUCUGACUUGCGUCAAAGGACAAGAAAAACAAACCUGCAUUAACUGUGAGCGUCAAGGAAAAAUCCAAGAAAACAGAUGAAAUGCUUUUAUUAUAUCUGGCACAUUCAGACUUGAAUGAGAUAAAAA